CUUGACGCUCGCCAAGCCGCUUCGUCUAGCGCUGUGACGGCCUCGACUACGGCCAGUACUGGUUCCGCUUCAGUCGGGACCGCCAUCAGUACCGCCGUUUCUACCGCCACCGCAGUCACUUCAGCUGCCGGUGCAAGUUCAAGUUCGGGCGCCGGUAGUUCAGUUGUCACCACAAGUGCUGUCGCGACGACGAGCAUUUCAGUUUCCCUAAAAUCGGAGAAUCCGACUGCCAUUCCUUUAUCUUCUAUUAUAGCAGGCCAAUUCACUACUGCCACCGUUACACUAGCGUCAACCCCAACCGCCGGUGCCCAGCCGUCCAUCUCGGGCGCGCCCACAUUGCCGAAUCUCGACGGCUUUUCGGCAUCUAAGUAUCCUGCCCUAGAUGUUAAAGCUCCCACGGAUUCAGAGCAGGUCCAACAGUGGAAGCAAGAAGUAGCUGAUUCUGGAGUGGAUAUUCCGGACAUUGAACCUACUGUUAUUGGUGGGUGCCCAGCCAACGCCCAAGCUGCAACGGAUUCCUCGCGUUGCUGGUGGACUUGUGGAGGUUGCACUCGCGACUCCGAUAUCACAACUUGUCCAGACAAAAACACCUGGGGGUUGACUUACGACGACGGUCCUAGUUUGCAAACACCUCAGCUCCUUGACUAUCUUGAAGAACAAGACCUCCAGGCUACAUUCUUUGUCGUUGGCUCUCGAGUGGUCUCGUUCCCGCAUAUUCUGCAACAAGAGUACAUGACAGGGCACCAAAUCGCUGUCCAUACAUGGUCUCAUCCAUCUUUGACGACACUUACCAACGAUGAAAUCAUAGCGGAAUUGGGUUGGUCCAGGAAGGCGAUACAGGAUGUCCUAGGAGUUACCCCGUCCGCCAUGAGGCCGCCAUACGGUGAUAUCGAUGAUCGCGUGCGCGCCAUUUCGCUCGCCAUGGGCAUGACGCCAGUCAUGUGGACUCGAAUCAGCCCCACACAAACCUUUGAUACCGAUGACUUCAAUAUUCAAAAUGGCCUUACAUCCGCAGGCCAAGUCCUCCAGAACUGGCAGUACAUUCUAGGCAAUGCCUCCAAUAUAGACACAGGCUUCAUUGUACUGGAGCACGAUCUUUACCAGCAGUCUGUCGAGAUAGCAACGGGAUACAUUCUCCCGGACGCGAUAGCACAGGACUACACAAUUGUACCUGUUGUGACUUGUCUGAAUAAACCUAUGGAGGAUGCAUACGUUGCGACGAACGACAACUCAACGAACCCACCUGCAGAGUCAGGUUCGGCUGUGACACUAUCAUCUGGUGCUCCAGGUUCUGUACAAGCGACAGGGAAGGCAGCAAGCGGUAGUAGCAGUACUGGGAACUCGAACUCUGCAUAUGCGAACCACGUUGGCACCAUGUUGAGUAUCUUG